CACUUCCUGCGGCGGCGGUGGCGGUGGCGGCGGCGGCCGAGUAACUGGUGCUGGCGGCGGCGGCGGCGUCUCUUCAGCGACCCGUCAGGCUCGCGGGCGAUGUGUCAGUCCCCGGGGCACGCGCCGCUUGUCAGCCCGGAGCGCGAGCCGGCCGGCCGGCCGCCUGGUGGCGCCUCGAGGGGCACGAUGGACGGUGCACAUGGAUCUGUGCGAAUAGUCUCUGAUCAAAGUGAAAUAAGGUCUCUUGGAGAGGACCAUCCUGAAGACAGAAUUUAUCAACAAAAAGUACAGGAUAUCAGUAGAAAGUAUGCUUUCUUCAGAAGGACACUUGGUGAUGGAAAUUGCUUUUAUCGUGCACUAAGCUUUGCUUAUCUGGAGUCACUGCUUGAAAAUAAAAAAGGAGUCAAAAAACUUCGAAAAAAAGUAAUACAGAGUAGAGAAGAACUUUUAGCUGCUGGAUUUGCUGAAAAAACAUUUGAAAAUUCUUGCAGCACAUUUAUGGAUGUGAUUGACCUGGUAGAAUCGGAUGGUUCGGUCUCUAAACUACUUGCUGUUUUCAAUGAUCGUGGUGCUUCAGAUCAUUUAGUGCAAUAUCUUCGACUACUAACAUCCGCAUACUUGCAGAAACAGUCCGAGUUCUUUGAAUUUUUCCUCGAGGGAGGAAUAAGUAUUAAAGACUUCUGUGCUCAGGAAGUGGAACCGAUGGCUGUGGAAAGUGACCACAUUCAUAUCACCGCACUGACCCAAGCAUUGGGUAUAUCAAUCCAAGUGGAGUAUAUGGACAAAACAGACACUGAAAUCAACCAUCACAUCUUUCCGGAGGGAUCAAAGCCUUUGGUCUAUCUGCUUUACAAACCGGGCCAUUACGAUAUACUUUACAAAACGAGCAAUACCAAAUAGACUUAAUUUCACCUUGCAUCUAGAGGUUUUAGUGCUUUGGGUACUAUUUAGUUGGGGGAACGUUUUGAUGAGAGAGGACAGGUGCAAUAUUUGUGGGGAAGAAAAUGAAUCAAGAUAAAUGGAGCACCUCUUAGGCAUCUUUUGACAUACACAAUUAAUGUCUAUCCCCAACAAAAAUCAAGUGCAUUUAGAAUUUUGUAUAUAUUAGUGGGCAUAGUUGUACAAAGUCUAUACCAUUUUGAUAUAGCUUCCAUCAUACUUUUAAAUUUAGUUUAAAAAUCUUCAUCCAUUAAUUAACAUAUUCCUAAUACUUUUCCAAAGGAACAGCGCAGCCCCCCCCCCCACACACAUUUUUGUUUAUACUGGAUUUGUAGGUUGGGACUCCUUCCAUUUUACCACACUAAAUUACAAAGAGUGAAGUUCAGUUAAAUUUUUGUAAUUAUAAAGUAAAUUCUACAAUGGAUUUAAUGUACUUGCAUCCAAAGGUGACGGCUUAAUUGUUGACACUUCAAUGUUUUGUGCACAACAAUGGCUCCUCCUGCUGGAAGGUUUACACUAGUCCUGCUUUUAAAACGGGCCGUAACUCUGAUUUAAACCCCAUUUUUGAAAGUGUGUGGAAGUUUAAUUUGGAUUCCGAUUUAAACACUUAUCUAAUGGUGACUAAUUCGAUAACUGAUUCAUUGUGUGGCAUAUACUGAGUGCAAAAAUUUAUAUUUCAAAUGAAAUUGUUUACAGGCAAAGUAACUUGACCAUCUACCUACCACACAACUACAUUUUGUAUCAUCCUCCCAAUCGUGCUUUAUAAAGGCCUAUACAGAAAAAAGUAAAUGAUGCAGUACAACCAAAUUCUUGUCAGCUA